AUGGGGUCUUUCCGUGUAAAGGAUGCUGGAGCCCAAAGAGUGACAAUGACGUCCAGUCAUAAGAUUUCCUUCUCUAUUAUUGACAUAUUGGAUCCGAACAAAUUCAACAGCAAAAGGGUGAACGAACUUUCCGGCGUGAGGGAGAAGUUUUUGGUGCCAAAUGUGGAGAAAACAAGUUUGGAGUCGGACAGCAGAGCAGCCGGAGACUUCAGAGUGGAGCGCACAGAAGCAGAUGAGACAGGAGAUGACCACUCUGCGCUCUCCCAGCACCCUGCAGCGGUGGGUGACCCCCUCCUGCUCUCCCCACAGCCCGACACAGAGCCCUGUCCGGCCGGGGAGCAGGAGGAGGCGGACCGGGAGUCAACGGUCGCCCUGCCGGACCACUCACCGCACAACAAGCGUCGGCGCCCGGACGCGGCCUGCGCCAAACCGCGGCGCGCCAGAACAGCUUUCACUUACGAACAACUGGUGGCUCUAGAGAACAAGUUCCGCGCAACUCGCUACUUGUCCGUGUGUGAGAGACUAAACCUGGCUCUGUCCUUAAGCCUGACCGAGACCCAGGUGAAAAUCUGGUUCCAGAACAGGAGGACCAAGUGGAAAAAGCAGAACCCUGGGGUGGACAGCACCUUGCAGCCUGGCUCCAGCUCCCUGGUCAGUCCCAACCAGGCCAACUGCGGGUCGAGCUCCGCUAGCUUCCACCAGACUUUCUCCAACUUCAGCUCUGGGAAUGUGAUCUUCCACACGGCCAGUGGUGUUCCGCUUUCAUCCACUGGAGGGCUCCUGCAUCCCUUCAUGUCCAAUGGAUUCGUCCAGCCGACUUAUUUCAACCCACAUCUAUGAAACAAACCAAGACUGACAGGUUGCAGCUGGGUUUCCUUUGAGCAAAUUCUUAUUUUUUUCUACUUUGAACGUUGACUGCCCAGAUUAUUGCAUUUCUUGUCCUUUAUCAUGUUAUCAAACAGUUUUUUAAGUCAUAAAACUCUACUGACUGUCUUUAAUCUUUAAGCAACAUGACAACAAAAGGCCAAAUAUGUGAUCUGUGAGCAAACGCAACAAUUAUUUAAACAUUUAAGGUGUUCUUUAGUUCUGUCUGCACUAAUAUUCCAUCAUUGUAUUUGCUAUUACACCUCCUCACAGUAUUAAACAGCUCAUACAGUAGCAUUUCCUGUACCAGUGUGUCGUCUCCCAUCUCAGCCUGUGCCAUAUUGCACCAUUGUUUCUACCUCUCAAAGGUUUGCACAUCUUACAUCUGUUGGCAUUUAUGCAACAUUAUCAGUGUAACUUAAUUAAAAAAAAAACAUAAAACAUCUGUUUGUGUCCUCUGUAUUGCAAAGUGAAAGCAUUUCAAAUGGGAAUAAAUUGGUGGAUGCUUUCCAAACCUCUUCAGCAUUCAUUUGGCAAAGGUGACAUAAGUGGUUUGUAACUGCGGUUUUGUAGA